AUGAUGCUGGUAACACUGUACCUGUUGGCGUGUUUGCUAUGUCACCCCGUCACAGCUGAUACAUCGGUCACCGAUACAGGGGAAUUGGAAAAUAAUGACAAGGACACUUUAAUUGUCACAACCAUAAACAAACAAGAAGUAAGUGAAGACUCGAAAACGGAAAAUGUAAAUUUCGAUACCAACAAUGACAAAGUCGAUACCGUUAACACAUUGUCUGUGACAGACGAUGAUACAGCUUCUGUCAACACCGAUAAUUUACCAUCUAACAGCGAUGAUACAGCAUUAGAUAACAACGAUGAUUUAAUAUCCAGCAACGAUGACCCGACUCCUAACAACGAUGUUACUGACACUGUAAACAGCGACGGUUCACCGUCUAACAACGAUAAUGAUUCUGCCAUGGUUAACAACGAUGACAUACCAUCAAGCAAUGACAACAUGUCUAAAGACGAUGAUAAAACAUCUUCUAAUAAUGACAAUACAAACAACGAUGGCGACGUCAAUGAUGAUGCAAGUAUAUCUGGUGACGAUACCAAUGAUGAGAGAACUGUUAAUAGCAGUGAUGAUGGGAACGACGGCAAUAUAUCCGCUAAUAACACUGAUGGCGACGAUGUUACCGAAGAUGAUGACAAAACUGAGAGCGAUAAUGUUGACAACAACGAUGAUACUGACAGUAAUGAUGUUGACGACAAAAAUGAUGACACUGAAAGCAACAAUGUCGACGACACUGACGAUGACACUGAUAGUGAUAAUGAUGACGAUAAUGAUGACACUGACAGUGGCGACAAUGAAAAUGACACUGAUAGUGAGAAUGAUGACGACAAUGAUAAUGACACUGAUAGUGAUAAUGAUGACGAUAAUAAUGACACCGAUAGUGGCGAAAAUGAUAAUGACACUGAUAGUGAUAAUGAUGACGAUAAUAAUGACACUGACAGUGGCGACAAUGAAAAUGACACUGAUAGUGAUAAUGAUGAAGAUAAUGAUGACAAUGAUAGUGAUAAUGAUGACGAUAAUGAUGACACUGACAGUGGCGACAAUGAAAAUGACACUGAUAGUGAUAAUGAUGACGACAAUGAUGAUGACAAUGAUAGUGAUAAUGAUGACGAUAAUGAUGAUGACACUGAUAGUGAUAAUGAUGACGAUAAUGAUGACACUGACAGUGGCGACAAUGAAAAUGACACUGAUAGUGAUAAUGAUGACGACAAUGAUGAUGACAAUGAUAGUGAUAAUGAUGACGAUAAUGAUGACACUGACAGUGGCGACAAUGAAAAUGACACCGAUAGUGAUAAUGAUGACGACAAUGAUGAUGACAAUAAUAGCGAUAAUAUUGACAACAGCGACGAUACCGACAAUACUGGCAGUGAUGAUGAUGACAACGACAAUGAUGACAACAGCAACAGUAACAACGAUGAUGAAAAUGACAAAGAUGAUAGCAGUUCUAGAGAAAGCACUUUUAUUGUCAAUUCAAAUGUUGUUGCAUUUAAUGAACCAAACAUCGAUGACGACGAUGAUGACGACGACGAUAUCAAUGACUCAGCGCUCCUUAGUUCGAUGGAAGAAAUAACUGACCUUAGUGAGAUAAUUACUGAGCAAUCUAAGAAAUCAAAGGUAGUUGAUACAAACAUCGUAAAUAAAGUUAAAACAGACUCGGGACAAACAAAUUUACUGCUGUCUGUUAUUUCACCAUCCAAAGGAACCUUGAUGACACCUCCACAAAUGUCUUUGGCCGAACAAGUACAGACGAAAACAGCCUCUAAAACCGGCAACAAUGGCCUCAUCACACCUCUAUUUGACGAUGCUUCUAUGUUGAAUUUACUUCAAGAUUCGUCUUCCUCAGGAAGUGAGUCAUCAGUAUCUACUUCCAAUGCGUUAUCAUCCCUACAGACAAAUUUUCUGUUACGGGAUCAAGCAGCAGUUUCCAGUUUUGUGGAGUCUCGACAAAGUGGGUCUUCUGAAUCUGCAGGCGCCAGCUCGGUCCAUGAAUCAGACAGUGAUGAUAAUCUGCUUGCAAAAGCACUAGGGUUAAAGCCAUUGCCUUCGUCAGAGUUAUCAGGCGGCACUAGUAAAGAUGAAUUCGAACUGGAAAAUCAUUUAGAUUUUAGUGCAAAUAGGAAUGUACAAGGUCAAUCUACAGCCACACAAGUCAGCCAAAAUUGGUUAGGUCUAUCGGAACCGGACAGUGAAGCCGAGGACCGUCUAUCAGCGUUUGUUGACAGUUUAAGUCCUGCUCAGUUAGACGCCAUGUUGGCGACAGACGACCUGACCAACUUUAUAGAUCUUGAUAGUUUUUCUGCUGCCGAGGGAAUACCUGUGGGUGCUUUUGAAGAUCCUUCUACCUCAACUGAAACCAGCUCUGACAAUGAUCUCGAUAUCCAAAAUAUGCUUUCGGAUUUUGGAAUCACUUUUCAGCAACAAGAUUCGUCCUCAUUACUAGGAAAUGCAAAUGAAUUUGGUCGCAUGCUACAAACGUCGUCAUCUGUUCCAGUGUCCACUAGCAGGUCGACGGCCGCUCAAUCUAACACAAGAGGCAUUAUGUCACAAAUAGCUAGUGGCGUGUUCCAAUCUGGGUUUCAACCGUCACCACCUGCUGUGGCAUCAAAUCGAGGCACUGUUUCACCACCUGCUGUGGCAUCAAAUCGAGGCACUGUUUCACUAGAUACCUCCAUAUCAACGUCCCAGGUACCAAUUGGUGCACUCGGAUCAGGAGGACAAAGGACUGGAACAACCCAGUCUGUUUCAAGAAGACAGAGCACAGGUGCGUUCGAGUCACGAUCGCAAGUACCAAUUGUUGUAAGGCAAAUUGAACGUCAGUCAAAGCCCAUGAACUUUCCAUCGCCAGUCGGGUCACAAACUGGCCAAACACAGACAGGCCAAGUCGUACCCUCCUCGUUACCUACACUCUCAGAGAUAAUAUCCUUUAUCUUUGAUGGCGAGCCUGUAAGGCAGGGAAAUAGUGCACUCGGAUCAGAGGGACAAAGGACUGGAGCAACCCAGUCUGUUUCAAUAAGACAGAGCACAGGUGCGUUCGAGUCACGAUCGCAAGGACAGCGUAAAAGGGCGUUCUCGGAAACGUCGCAAGGAGACAGGAAAAGUGGUUUCCAGUCAGGACCAAUAGGACAACGAAUCGGAACCUCAGAGUCACUAUCUACAAGACAAGGUGGUAAUUUCGUGACACGAACACUAGGACAGAACAACAGAGUGUUUGAGUCGGCAUCAUCGGGACAGGGUUCAAAUGCGUUUGAGUCAGCUUCUUUAGGAGAGGGAAUGGUGGACGGAUUUGAUUUUGCAUCACUUGGACAGGGUACUGGUGCGUUCCGUUCAGCGACAUUAAGACAAUCAGGGCAACAAAAUACACGAGGAGGUAACGAUGUUUUAACUGAUAUUGAUAGAGAUAAAACAAACGUGUUAACCUAUCUAGAGAACAGAAACAGACUCGCCAAAGUGAACAGACAAGAUUCCAGUCGGAUCAGCACGUUUGGAAAGUCCAAUGCACAAAUCUCUCUAAGCGCAUUAGUAUCCAGAGACGAUGCUAGUGUCGAUUCAUUCUUAGACAGUUUGUUGGAAAAUGACCGUAAUUUAGAACUGAUUAGUGAACUUUUCGACGGCCUGAAUGAAAACGAAGACAAUGUUAUAGGGGUUGGUGGAUUGAGUGAACAAGAUUCUGAUGAUGUGACUGAUGACAGUUCAAUAGAACAGAAAUCUGACGAAAAUGUUUCCGGUGAACAAAACUCGGGUGAAUCAAAUGAAGAUGAUUCAGCCAAGGACAAUGAUUCGAGUGAAAACACUUCAAAUACUUCAACCUCAGAUGAAUCAAACGAAAAUGAUUCCAGUAAUGAAAAUUCAGGUGAAAAUGACUCGAACACUUCAGACUCAUUCGAAUUAAGCUCAAGUGAUCUUGAUGAUCUCGGUGAUCUGGAUCUGGAAUAUUUAGAUGAAGAUGAUUUAGAUGAGCUAUCAAAAAUCCUUGAUGGUUGA